AUGGUUGUAGCAACUAUCAAGUGUGUCGUGGUCGGUGAUGGUGCUGUCGGCAAAACCUGUCUCUUGAUUUCAUACACAACGAACAAGUUCCCUUCAGAAUAUGUGCCCACGGUCUUUGAUAAUUAUGCCGUUACUGUCAUGAUCGGCGAUGAGCCUUACACCUUGGGAUUGUUCGAUACCGCAGGUCAAGAGGAUUAUGAUCGACUUCGCCCUCUCUCAUACCCACAGACAGAUGUAUUCCUGGUCUGCUUUUCCGUGACUUCCCCCGCAUCUUUUGAGAACGUGCGCGAAAAGUGGUUCCCCGAAGUUCACCACCAUUGCCCUGGUGUUCCGUGCUUGAUUGUUGGAACGCAAGUCGAUCUCCGCGACGACCCAGCCGUCCGUGAGAAGCUGGCUCGACAGAAGAUGCAACCGAUCCGCAAGGAAGAUGGCGACCGCAUGGCCAAAGACUUGGGCGCGGUGAAAUAUGUUGAAUGUUCCGCAUUGACCCAAUACAAGCUGAAAGAUGUGUUUGAUGAGGCCAUUGUUGCUGCUCUCGAACCCGCCCCUAAGAAGCGAUCGAGAUGCGUUUUGCUAUAA